AUGCAAAUCCGAGUACCUCCGAACGUUCACGAAGCAACUUCGGGUCAAUGGAGGAGGCCGACACGGGCCGGUCUCGGAAAUUGGAAUGGGGGAUCGACUUCAGUUCUUGUUCAGACGCAGUGUAGGGAGGUUGUGUCGCGCCGGACGCGACGCACUGUAAUGCGAGCUUGUGGGAAUCAAAACAGUGAAAUGCCGACCGACUUGAUGAGCUGUCGCGCGGAGCGGUUCCAAAGGCCGCAGAAGAAGGCGUUCGACGCGGAGGUGAAGUCUGGCUUCCUAGUGCUGUUGGGGCCGGGCGGGAUGAGGCAGGACGUGCGCGUGGUCGUGUACAGGACGUCGCUGGAGCACUUCGCGGUGAUAUACCCGAGGAAGCGGCUGUCGAAGCCGCUGGGCGUCGUCAACCUGAGGAACACGACCGCCGAACGAGUCCAGUCGAACGGCGGUUUCUUCGUGAGGCAGAAGGGGUACGACAACACGAUCUCCGCAAAGUUCCUCUGCCCGGAGAGGGAGAUAGACGCAUGGCUGUCGGCGUUCACCGCGAACGCUUCGCCCAGCUGCCACCACCACGCCAGCCUGCCGGUGCUGGUCGAAACAGAGGAGAGC